GGGGCGCGGCAGAACGGGACGGGCAGAGCCGGUGCCGGCCCAGCCGCGGCGGGGGCAGGGGGGCCGGGUCCCUCCUUCCCCGCCCGCCCCGUCGCGGCAUCCCCGGGGCGCGCCCGGCGACAGCUGCCGCGUUCCCGCCCGCCUUAUCCCGGGGGCUGCGCACCCCCGGCCCCCCGCCCCGGGCAGCGGGGACCCCCCCCCGCGCCCCUCCGCAUCCCCCCGCGGCCGGCCCGGCCCCCUCCGCCGCCCGCCCCACCGGGCCCCCGCCGGGCAGGGGGUGCAGGCUGCCGGCCGGGGGUGGGGGGUGGGGGGGCGGCAGGGACAGCUGCCCGGCCGGGGGGGGCCCGGCCCGCUCGGCAGCACAUGUGCUGUCACUCAGCCAGCCCCGCGGUUAUUUUAGCUCGGGGCCGGCGAACGGCUCGGGGCUGGCGGCCGGACUGCGCCCCGCUCCGCCAUGGGCCCCCCGCUCCUCCUCGCCUGCCUGCUCGCCCCCCUCUGCGCUCGGGGUGCCAGCCCAGCCCAGCCAGGUGCCGCAGCCCCCGGCAGCCCCCAGGCCUGGCGGCAGCAUGAGAGUCCGCGGCGGGUGAAGAGGGCCUGGGUGAUCCCCCCCAUCAGCGUCUCGGAGAACCACAAGCGCAUCCCCCACCUCCUGGUGCAGAUCAAGUCGGACAAGCAGCAGCCCGGGGGGGUGAUCUACAGCAUCAAGGGACCCGGGGUGGACGAGGAGCCCCUGGGCAUCUUCUCCAUCGACAAGUUCAGCGGGAAAGUCUUCCUCAACGCCAUGCUGGACCGGGAGGAGAACGACCGCUUCCGGCUGAAAGCCUUCGCGCUGGACCUGGGCGGCAUGACGCUGGAGGACCCCACUGACCUGGAGAUCAUCGUGGUGGACCAGAACGACAACCGACCGCUCUUCCGGCAGGACGUCUUCACGGGGCACGUGGUGGAGGGGGCUGAGCCAGGGACUUGCGUGAUGACAGCGGAUGCCACCGAUGCUGAUGACCCCGACACAGACAACGCGGCGCUGCGGUACUCCAUCCUGGAGCAGGGCGCUGCCGGCAUGUUCAGCAUCAACGCCACCACCGGCGAGAUCUGCACCGCGCAGCCCGGCCUUGACCGUGAGACCAUGGGGGUGUACAACCUGACGGUGCAGGCAGCUGACAUGUCCGGGGACGGGCUCACCACCACCGCCACAGCCGUCAUCUACUUGGAGGACAUCAAUGACAACCCUCCUGAGUUCACCAAGGAGGAGUUCUCCAUGGAGGUGGAGGAGCAGGCGGCCGGCGUGGACGUGGGCAAGGUCUUCGCACACGACAAGGACCUGGCCGGCUCACCCAACUGGCUGGCCAAAUUCACCAUCCUGGAGGGUGACCCUGAGGGUGCCUUCGCCAUCCGCACCGACCCCUACACCAACGACGGCGUGCUCUCUGUCGCCAAGCCACUUGACCACGAGGUGCGGGACCGCUUCAAGCUGACGGUGUCGGUGCAGAACGAGCAGCCGCUGGAGCCCACAGCCCCCGCUAGCCCCCGGGCACUGGCCACCGUGCGGGUACGGGUGCGGGAUGUUAACGAGGCACCCAUCUUCCGUGACAACCCGCGGCGGGUCAGCGUGCUGGAGGGGGCCCCCCCGGGCACCCCCGUCACCACCUACACCGCCAGCGACCCCGACACCCGCCAGCUCCAGACCCUCAGCUACGCACUGCUCUACGACCCGGCGGACUGGCUGCAGCUGGACCCCCACACCGGCACCGUCCGCACCAAGCGGGAGCUGCUGCACCCCUCCGCCUUCCUGCAGGGCGGCUGGUACAUCGCCCUGCUCCUCGCCCGCGAUGACGCCGAGCCCCCGCUCUCCGCCACCGGCACCCUCUCCAUCGAGAUCCUGGAGGUGAACGACCACCCGCCCCUGCUGCUGCCGCCGGCCGGGGUGGUCUGCGGGCGGCCAGGCCGUGGGGGAAGUCUGCUCCUGGGGGCCACGGACGACGACCGGCCCCCCCACGGUGCCCCCUUCCACUACCAGCUCAGCCCCCAGCACCCCCAGCUCGCCCGCAACUGGAGCAUCACCCGCUUCAAUGUGACCCACGCGGUGCUGGCCGUGCUGGUGGAGCUGCCCGAGGGUCCCUACUCGCUCCCGCUGCUCCUCCGGGACUCGGGGACCCCCCCCCAGGAGCGGCAGCAGCUGCUGAACGUCUCGGUGUGCCACUGCGGACGGGACGGCACCUGCGAGGACGGCGUCCUGGCCGCCGCCGCCGCCGGGGCCGGCAUCACCCUCGGGGCCCUCAUGAUCAUCCUCGGCAGCUUCCUCCUCCUCCUUGUGCUGGCGGGGCUGGGGGCGGCGCGGGUGCGUGGGCGCCGGCGGGCUCUGCGCAAGGGGCUGCUGCAGCGCUCGCGGGACGACAUGCGCGACAACAUCCUCAACUACGACGAGCAGGGCGGCGGCGAGGAGGACCAGGACGCCUACGACAUCAACCAGCUCCGGCACCCCGAGCUCUUCCCGCCCCGGGUGAAGCCGCCGGUGCGCAGGGACGCCCCGCUCAGCUCGGCCACCCCCCUGGCCCCCCGCAAGCUGCCCAAUAGCCCCUCAGACAUCGAGGACUUCAUCAACGAGGGGCUGGAGGCAGCCGACAGCGACCCCAGCGUGCCCCCCUACGACACGGCCCUCAUCUACGACUACGAGGGCUCGGGCUCCGUCGCCAGCCCCCUCAGCUCCAUCGUCUCCAGCCUGACGGACGAGGACCAGGACUACGACUACCUGAGCGAGUGGGGGCCGCGAUUCCGGCGCCUGGCCGACCUCUACGGGCAGUAG